AUGUCCAAUGUCACAGUGAAAACAGUUCAUUUAGAAACUGAUGAUCAAAAACAAAAAUUUGAUGAAUUUAUCAAACAAAUCCCUGAUAUAAUUAAAGUUUCACAAUAUGAUGAAUUAUUUGGUCAUCAAUUAUCCUCAGAUGGUGAAUAUUUUAAUCAAGAUGUUUUCCAUGCCCUAGUUUAUAAAUUCUUAGUGGCUAAUGAAUUUGACUUGGGCUUGACAAGAGAACAAUUAACCAAGACUUUAAAAUGGAGGAAAGAAUUCAAUCCAUUAAGUGCUGCUUUUAAUGAAGAUCACGAUUCAAAAUUUGAUGAUAUUGGGAUUUUAACAACUUAUUCAAAUAAUGAAGCAAAUACAAAGAAUAUAACAUGGAAUUUAUACGGUGCUGGUGGUAAUCCAAAAGAAUUAUUUAAAGAUUUGGAUAAAUUUUUACGUUAUAGGGUUGGAUUAAUGGAAAGAAAUGUUCAAUUAUUAGAUUUUACUAAACCUGAAAAUAAUUUUGCAACUCAAAUUCAUGAUUAUAAAGGUGUUUCAUUUUUAAAAUUUGAUCCUGAUGUUAAAAAAGGUAGUAAAGCUACAAUACAAAUUUUUCAAGAUUAUUAUCCUGAAUUAUUAUACAAGAAAUUUUUCGUUAAUGUUCCUUCAUUAUUAUUUUGGGUUUUUGAAUUUGUUAAAAAAUUCUUAUCAGAUACUACAACAAGGAAAUUUAUUGUUUUAAAUAAUUCAGAAAAUCUUGUUAAAUAUUUAGGUAAUGAUGUACCUAAAAUUUAUGGUGGUAAAGGUGAUUCAUUGAAAAACCAAAAUGUUAAAGAAAUUAAACCACCAGUUUAUGGUGCUCAUUUAUCACAAGAAUUAUUUACAAAUGAAGUUGAUUAA